AUGGGCUCCAGUUCAUCGAGUACGUCUACCGAUAUGGGCUCCAGUUCGUUGAGUACAACUACCGACAGAGGCUCCAGUUCAUCGAGUACGUCUACCGAUAUGGGCUUCAGUUCGUUGAGUACGACUACCGACGCGGGCUCUAUUUCGUUGAGUACGACUACUGAUAUUGGCUCUGUUUCGUCGGGCGCGACUACCACUGCAAUCUCUACUCUCUCGGGCACGAAAUCCCAGCGAAAAACGACGUCACCCUCAACAAAAAUAGCGCCUUUUUGGUCAACAGCAACAUCCUCUCGGCCACAAACGACAACUUCACCAAAACAAACCGAAGUGAAACAGAAGUGUUAUAAUCCGAUAACAGGCAAGAAUUACAGCGUGGACACCGGAUUUUGCAUCUACGGCGUACUGUUUUAUCCAAAGAAACUUGGCGAUGAACUGUACUGCAACGAUGAAGACUACCUCAGCACGUCUGGUUCCAUCAGUUAUUCGAGUCUGACAAAGGCUGCCAAAGCGGUUCAUAACUAUUUGAUGGGGAAUGAAGAGACAAAUGACACAUAUCACAUAACAUGGAUUAAAAAUGACAGUGGCAAGUAUGUGGAUAUGUUUGUGUACUGCUGCCAGAAGUGCCCACAUUAUCAAACAGCGCAAGAAUGGCGAAUUUUGCUAAAAUCGCAAUUUCUUGCUCGUCGCUCUUCGGUUAUAAGAUCAUAUGCAGGCCCCAAACAGGAACGAUCGGACGGUAAUGAGAUAUUUAAUGGGACAUAUCGUCAGCCUGAAAUUGGGCAUUUGGAAAUAUGUAACAAUCAACAGCUUCGAAAGGUGCCAGUAAUAGGAAAGAGUAACGUGUGCUAUGUAACAGCUUCUCAUGCAUACGCAAGUGUUAACUUAUUUCAUCGGCUGAAAACAUGGAACAAAACAGACUACUGGAAAAUGGCAUCUUCGAAAGAAGCUCUCAAAAUGGGA